AGUUUUGUGCUGAACGUUCAAUUUGUGAUUGGAAGUGACUGUGAAAGUGUCCAGAAGUGCCAGAAAACAAAGUGCCAGGAAAUAAAGUGCCAGGAAAAUGAUAAGGAAGCCCCAUUCGCCGCAGGAGUACAAGAAGGACCUCCAGCCCAGAGUGUCUCUUGAUGUGGGGAAUAAGCAUGAGACGGAUUCCUUGACCAUGAGCGAUGCUCCAACGGAAGUUGAGAUGAGACGGAGGAUUAAGUACGGAGGACCCUUGACAGCAGCCUGGGGACUCUUUUCGGAAUAUUGCAACAACAGCACAAUCCACGGUGUGAAAUAUCUCGGGGAAAGACGUCGACCAUGGAUGGAGAGAGCCUGGUGGGUUAUCGUAUUUGUACUUUCGAUUUACGGAUGUAGUCGAUUGAUAUGGAACGUGUGGAAUAAAUGGGAUCAGAGUCCAGUAAUUGUGAGCUUUGCUGAGAAAUCUACACCAGUUUGGCAAAUCCCCUUUCCAGCUGUAACAAUUUGUCCAGAGACAAAGGCCAAGAGUAAGUUCCUCAACUACACGGAAGCCUACCACAUAUUUCAUUCAACCACGCCUGAUGUUAACUUGACAGACGAUCAAAUUGCUCGAUUAGAAGCCGUGUCUCAAGUUUGCGAUGCUCAUCUUAUGGCUGGUGCUGAUAUCGGAGAAAACAUUACAGAUUACAAGUGUACAGAGUACUUAAGGGAAAUGGCUCCAACGGCUGAGGAAAUUCUAUUCUUCUGCAAAUGGAGAAAUACCCCGGAUACUUGUGAAGAUCUUUUUACGGACAUGCUGACUGAAGAAGGAUUCUGCUAUACCUUCAAUGCUCUAAAUUCUUCAGAUAUUUACCGAGAAAGCGCCAUGCAUGAUGGAUUUUUCUACCAUACACACAACAAGACAUCUGACUUCUGGACCCUGGAGAAUGGAUAUACCCCUGAAGCCUCAUUGACCCCCUUUCCUGUUCGUGUUCUAGGGGCAGGAGCCAGGGCUGGUCUAUUCAUCUUGCUUCGUUUAUAUGAAUAUGAUUUGGAUUACAUCUGUCGCGGUCCAGUGCAGGGCUUUAAGAUCCUCCUGCAUACUCCUGGGGAGAUUCCUCAAGUUUCCAAGCAAUACUUCAGGGUUCCUCUCAAUCAGGAAGUUGUAGUUUCGGUGAAGCCUAAUAUGAUUACGACCUCUGAGGGUUUGAGAGGCUACUCGCCCAAUAGGCGGCAGUGCUUCUUCAACCAUGAGCGAUACUUGCGCUUCUUCAAGAUUUACACUCAGCAAAAUUGUGAGCUAGAAUGCCUUUCCAAUUACACUCUGGGCCAAUGUGGAUGCGUCAAGUUCUCCAUGCCACGAGAUUCAGAGACCCCGAUCUGCGGUGCAGCCAAUAUUCAGUGCUACAACGACGCUGAGGAUCAACUAUUGCAGAGGGAGAUCAAGGAGGGCCUUCAGGAUUCUGGGCUUAAUGUUAAGGGUCAAACUCAGUGCAAUUGCCUUCCUGCUUGUACGUCCAUCGUGUACGAUGCUGAGAUUUCCCAAGCGGACUUUGACUGGGAGAGCUUAUUUAUAGCCUACAAAAGCCCCCUUGAUGAAUUUCCCGGAGCCCAACUAGCCCGCUUGUCAAUCUUCUUCAAAGAAACCCAGUUCAUAACCUCAAAACGUUCUGAACUCUACGGUCCUACAGACUUUCUAGCCAACUGUGGAGGUCUCUUGGGAUUGUUUAUGGGUGUAUCUCUCCUCAGCAUUGUUGAGAUUGUCUACUUCUGCACCAUCCGUCUGAUUUGCAAUCUCAGUACCCGCAAACGUAGGAAGGCAUCCCUUGUCAACAAUCCAGGAAUUGUUGUUGUCGCACCGAGUAAAGUCAGUCCUUCAGAUAUUCACGCCACAAACUAAAUCAUAUCAUCACAAUGUCACAAAUAAUCUCAUAUGAAUUUCAAUAAAAUAUUUGAGAAUUAAAGAGAAUAUACAUAUCUCAGAAAA